AUGGGAGUUGAAAAAAAUAUUUGUAUGCCUUUAAAACUUAGUGAUGUUUUUCAUGAAGAAAAAAUUAAAAAUGGAGAUUGUAAUGAUAAAAAUUUAGAUAAAGUAAAAAAGGAGGAAAAUAAAAAAAACAGUAAAAGCAUAUUAAACAAAUAUAAAAUUACUGAAUUUAAUAAAAAUGGAAUUCAAAAAAUACAAAAGAAAAAAAAAUUUCAUAAUGAAAAUAUGAAAAAUGAAAACUUAAAUUUAAGUGAUAAAGAACCAAAAUUAGAGAUUGAAAAUGAUAGUGAUAAUAAUAAUACAGAAACAAAUAAUGAAUAUCAUUUAUCAGAUUUAAAUAAAAUAAAAAAAAGAAAAUCACAUAAUCAAAGUAAUUUAUUAAUUGCUAAUGGAACUACUGGUUUAGUUGUACAUAAUGGAAUAAUGUGCUUAUCUAUAAAAGGAAUUCAACCAUUUAUUAUCACAAGUAUUAAAAAAUCUUUUUGUGUUUAUGAUCCUCAUAAAUUAAGAAAAGCAUAUGCAUCUGAAUAUUUUUCAGAGGAUAUUAAAAAUUUAUACUGCGAUAAUGGUUAUGUUUACGUAAUUUUUAAUAAAAAAGUUUACAGAAUUAAUGAAUAUGGUAAAAAAAAGAUUUUUUAUAAUUAUCAUAAAUAUAAUAUUGUUAACAUUUUAACUGUUUCUAACUAUUUAUUAACAUAUAGUAAAAAGGAAAUAAUAAUAUGGAAUGACAGAUAUAAUGAAAACGACUCUCUUGUAAGUGAUUCAAAUGAUGAAUUAUCAGAUGAAAAUGAAAAAAAAAAUCAAAAAGAAAAAGGAGAUGAAGAUAACAUUUCUGAUGAUUUUAAUGAUAAUUAUGAUAGUAGUGGUGACGGUGAUAAUACAUAUAGUCAAAACGAAACAGAUAAUGGAAAUGUAGUUUAUACGGAUGAAGAAAAAAAAUUAAGAAAAAAAAAAUAUAAUUUGAAAAAUAACGAAAAAUACUACAAAGAUAUUUUGGUAAAAUCAAUUGAAUUAUUUGAUAAUAAUUCAGAUAUUGAAAUAAAAAGUAUUAUUCAUCCAGUGGGAUAUAUAAAUAAAGUUAUUAUAUGUACUAACGAAAAUAAAUUAUAUUUAUAUAAUAUUAAUAAAGAAAAGAUAAUUCACGAAUUUAGUUCGAUAAAAAAAUUAAAUUUAAGUGAACAGAAACACAUAAAAAUACUAUCAAAAACAUUAGUAAACGAGGAAAUUUCUAUAAUUACAUCUACUAAUGAAUUAUAUAUAAUUAACAUUGAAAAAGAUGAAAUAGUUUAUUCUAAAAAUAUUUAUAUGGAUAAUGAUUUUGUUAGUUGUGUAAAUUUUUAUAAUUAUAAAUACAAUGAUGAAACAAAUUUAGCCAUUUUAAUAGGAACAGAAAGUGGAAAAAUAUUAAUGAUCAAUUCAAAAAAUAGUCAAUAUUUUAUUAAAAGGGAUGUUCAUGAUUAUAUAAAAAAUAUUUUGAUAUCUCCACAAGGUUAUAUAUAUACAAGUGGAUAUGAUAAUAAGAUUAAUUUGUUAAACUUAAAUAAAAGCUCAUUUACCUUAGAAAUCAUAAAAAAGAGGAAUAGUUGCAUUGGGGCUAUUAAUAACAUCAAAUAUUUAGAUGAUGAAAAUUAUAAAUUAAUAGUAUCAGCAAAUAUGCCUAAUAAAAAAGAAGGGAAUUUAUUUAUCAUAAGUCCACAUAAUCCUGAACAAAAUAAAGAUUUUUCAUGGAAUAAGAAAAUAAAUAUAUUAAAUAAAAAAAUAAUUGAUUUCGAUAUAAAUAUAAACAGACAUUAUGAUUGGAAUAAUAUAUUAAUUUGUUUAGAAAAUUCUGAUCGUGUAUAUUUAGCAUCUUCUUACAAGAAGACUGUAUCAAAUGAAUAUUUGUUAUUACCUUUUGAUAUAAUGAAUAAAGAAGAAAAGGAAAUAGAAGAAAAUAUGAUUAAAAAAGAAAAUGAAAAAAAUAAUUUAGGAGAAGUAGACACUUCUCUAAAUGAGGAUUAUAGGAUAUAUGAUGAUUAUAAAACUUACGAAAAUUUUCAUAUAAAAAAAAAAAAACAUGCAACAAGUGUACUAAUAUCUUCAUGUGGCCAUGUAGGUGUUGUUGGUUACAGUGAUGGAGAAAUUCAUUCAUUUAAUAUUCAAUCAACAACAUAUAGAAAUGAAUAUAAAUUAAAUAAAUAUUCAUUAAAAUCAAAAGCACAUAAAGAUGGUGAUAUAUUAAAGUUAUAUUUAUAUGGAGUUAAUUAUUUUGUAUCUGCUUCUAACUCAAAAGAAGACACUUUUUUAAGGGUAUGGGAUAUGUAUACAUGUGAUUUAAUAUAUUCUUAUAAUAUUAAAAAUGAAUAUAAUAAUAUAACUGAAGAUAUAAGCAUUAUUUCAUAUUAUCAUCAUAAUAUACUUACUGCUGUUUGUUUAUCAAAUAAUUAUACCCUAAUUUUAGAUAUUGAACAGAAAUGUAUAACUAGAAAAUUUCAUUUUUCUUUUCCAGUUACAAAUAUUAUAUUUAGUAAAGAUAAUAGACUUAUUUUUUUUGCAUUAAGUAAUAAUACUUUACUAAUAUAUGAAAUAAUUUCACAUACCUUUAUAGACUAUUUAUUAUUCAAAAAUGAUAUUGUUGCCAUGGAAUACAAUGAUAUUUAUUUAUAUACUGCACAUAAAAAUAGUUUUAAUUUUUUAUAUUGUUUUACAAAUAAAAAUUUAUUUAACAACUGUAACUACUUGAUUAAUGAUUACAAAAUGUUUAAUGCAAUACCAAUUGAAGAGUUCUCUGAUUCAAAUGAAGAAUUUCAUUACAACACUACUAAUAUAAAAGAAUUAAUUAACAUGAAUGAUGAUAUUAACGAUAUGGAUGAUACCUUACUCUUAAAUGAAAAAGGAAAUAAUGAUCUGUUAAAUAAAAAUGAAAAAAGUGAUUAUAAAGAUUUAAUGAAAUCAUAUACUUCUAAAGAAAACCAAAUUAAUAAAAAUUUAUUAACUAUGUCAGGCUUUAAUAUAUCAAAAAUAGCUUACUUGAUAUUUUUAGAUAAAAUAAAAGAAAACUGUAGAGUAGAAGAAAAUAUUAAGAAAAAUGAGGAAAUUCCAUUUUUUCUUAGCGCUAAGUUAAAUAAUGAUAUAGAAUAUACAGAUAAUGAUGAAAAAAAAUUUUUAGAAAAUAUCACUAACAAUGAUUUUGAUAAUAAUGAAGAAAAAAAAGAAAAUAAUAACGAACAAAUUGUAAAAAGUAAACAUAUAACUAAGAGUAAUGGUAUUCAAGUACACUCCUCAAAAUUGCAAGAAAUUUUAGCAAAGAAUGAAGAUUCUUAUAUUAAUGUUUUGAAAUACUUAAAAAGUUUAUCUCCAUCAGGAGUACAUUAUAACAUAUUAUGUUUAAGCACAAAAAAAGAGUUGGAAAAUAUGAUGAAUUUUUUUAUUUAUCAUGUUAAGUCAAAUGACAAUAUAGAUUUAAUUCAAGCAUAUAUAUUAAUUUUUUUAAAGGUGCAUGGUAAAAAAUUAAUGAAAACAAAAGAACAAACACUAAGAAAUACUAUAAGUGCUCUGCUUCAAGAAACACAAAGAAGUUGGUCAAAUAUUAAUUUUUUAUUUGAAAAUAUUAUUUUUUUUAUUAAGUUUUUGACAAAUAUACAAUUAGAAUAA